AGCCCAGCCCAUCCCAUCCCCCACGCCGCGACUCGCGAAAUUGCAUAUCAAAAGCCUACCCUGGGCCUUACGAGGAUUUGAGAAAUUUCUCCCAUUUAUUUGUUGCCAUCACCCUCAUUUUGGUUGUUGUUUUUUUCCUCUAAUCUUUCCCAUUGUUUUUUCUAACUUUGCGCUCCCGUCUUUUCGCAGUUCAAUAGUUUUCGAAGAUGGAUGUCGUUCUUGAAAUCGCAGAUACCUUCGCGGGAGAUUACAUCUACUCCAAGCUGCUCCCAUUGCAUCCGGUUGCUCCCCAUGAUCUUCCGGAUGUCGGCGCCAACUCCACCCAGACUCUUUCAUCAUGGAAGUUCAAGUCGGCGAACCCUUACUUCCAAUUCGAACCCAGCGAGUACGCGUAUAUGAGUGCUUGGGAUAGAGACAACGUAUUUCGCCAGUUCACUUCACUAUUCUUCAUCACAUGGAUCUUUGGCUUCCUGUUGUACUUCCUAUUCUCGACUUUAUCCUACAUCUUCAUCUUCGAUAAGAAGACGUUCCAGCAUCCCAAGUACCUUAAGAACCAGAUAAGGCUUGAGAUCAAGCAGACGAUGAACUCGAUGCCCAUCAUGUCGCUUCUGACCGUCCCCUUCUGGCUUGCCGACGUUCGUGGCCUUACCAAACUUUACGAUACUCCCGCCGACGGACCUGGCAUGUGGUACGAGAUCUUGCAGUACCCCUUCUUCAUCUUGUUCACCGACGCCUGUAUCUACUUGAUCCACCGAGGCCUACACCACAAGUUGAUCUACAAGCACCUGCACAAGCCUCACCACAAGUGGAUCAUGCCUACUCCCUACGCUUCCUACGCUUUCCACCCCGUCGACGGCUGGUCGCAAUCGCUCCCGUACCACGUCUUCCCCUUCCUGUUCCCGCUGAACAAGUUCGCCUCCGUCGCCUUCUUCGUCUUCGUCAACUUCUGGACCAUUAUGAUCCACGACGGCGAGUACAUGGCCAACAGCCCCGUUAUCAACGGCGCCGCUUGCCACACGAUGCACCACCUGUACUUCAAUUACAACUACGGCCAGUACACCACCUUCUGGGACAGGCUGGGCAAGAGCUACCGCAAGCCCGACGCCGACCUGUUCGAGAAGGAGAAGAAGAUGGGCGAGGCGCAAUGGAAGGCCCAGGUCAAGGAGAUGGAGAAGAUCGUCCAGGAGGUCGAAGGCGAGGACGACCGCAGCUACGACGCCGGAAAGGUCAAGAAGAACAAUUAAAGCUUCUAGACUACGGACUGUCUAGUAGUAGUAGAAGCAGCAGCAGCAGCAUAUAUUCGAUGCGCGAGAGCCCAGUUAUUCGGUGCAUAACUGAAAAUUUCGGUUUCGAAUUUGGAUGCGGACGAUGCGAGCACAAUGUUGU